CGUGGGUUACCUUAGCUAUUCUCCCACACCACCAUCACUUCCACCACGCCUCCACCUCCACCUCCACCCUCUUCUUCGCUCAACUUCAAACUUAAAACCUCCCCUUUCCGGUUUUAUCCGUUCACAUCUCACAUGAUCCUCGUCCUCUUCCUCUCUCUCUCUCUCACUUAGUUUUCACAACACUAACAUUUUAUUUCCUCGCGAACCAAACAGAAGAAACGAGCAGUUAUUCUGCUUUCACUGGCCUCACCAUAGCUUCGCUUCCUUUGCACUAUGGCCGCUACAGGUUUUGGUAAUUACAGAAAUGGCACUCAAAGCAGCAGGACCUCUCUCGGUAGCUCCAACAAAGUCGACAAGCCUCUUUCUGUUUACUCAAAUCCUAAGAAUCCUUCUCUUAAAUCCAAGUCCUUGAAUAGUUCGGGCCUUCGUAAAAGCGCUCCUGGUUCUCUCGGUGCCGCCACCGGAGCCGCCAAGGACGAUGCUGGAGUUCCUGGAAGAGUUAGGGUAGCUGUGAGAUUGCGGCCUCGAAAUGCCGAAGAAAUGGUGGCAGAUGCUGAUUUUGCUGAUUGUGUAGAAUUGCAGCCUGAGCUUAAGAGGUUGAAACUUAGGAAAAACAACUGGGACUCAGAUACCUAUGAGUUUGACGAAGUGCUCACCGAGUUUGCAUCUCAAAAACGUGUAUAUGAGGUUGUAGCAAAGCCCGUUGUAGAGAGUGUUUUGGGUGGAUACAAUGGGACAGUCAUGGCAUAUGGGCAGACUGGAACUGGUAAGACAUAUACUCUUGGGCGACUUGGGGAGGAAGAUACAGCUGCUCGUGGAAUAAUGGUCCGUGCUAUGGAGGAUAUAUUCGCUGGCGUUUCUCAGGGAACAGAUUCUGUCUCAGUCUCUUAUUUGCAGUUGUACAUGGAGACUAUACAGGACCUAUUUGAUCCUACUAAUGACAACAUUUCUAUAGUGGAAGACCCAAAAACUGGAGACGUUUCCCUACCAGGAGCCAGCCUAGUUGACAUUAGGGACCAGCAAAGUUUUGUGGAACUAUUACGUUUAGGAGAAGCACAUCGCUUUGCUGCAAAUACGAAAUUGAAUACUGAAUCUUCACGUAGUCAUGCUAUUCUGAUGGUGUAUGUAAAGAGGUCUGUUAAUGGAAUAGACUCUGCUCUUUCAACCGACAAUGGGGACAGCUCCCAAGUGGUUAAAAGUCUGAAGCCUCCUGUAGUUCGGAAAGGCAAGCUUGUUGUGGUAGAUCUUGCUGGCUCAGAGCGUAUUGACAAGUCUGUUCACUAUUUGGCAGGAAGUGAGGGCCAUAUGCUAGAGGAGGCCAAAUCUAUUAAUCUCUCCUUGAGUGCACUAGGGAAGUGCAUUAAUGCACUGGCAGAAAAUAGUCCACACGUUCCAGUUCGCGAUUCGAAGCUUACUAGAUUGCUUCGAGAUUCAUUUGGGGGGACAGCAAGAACUUCACUGGUUAUUACUAUUGGUCCUUCCCCACGCCAUCGAGGAGAGACGGCAAGCACUAUAAUGUUUGGACAAAGGGCAAUGAAGGUGGAGAAUAUGUUGAAAUUAAAGGAGGAAUUUGACUACAAAAGUUUGGCUAGACGGCUAGAUAUACAAUUGGACAAAGUCAUUGCAGAACAUGAAAGGCAGCAGAAAUCAUUUGAAAAGGAAAUUGAAAGAAUAACUAGAGAAGCACAAAAUCAGAUUUCUGAAGUUGAAAGGAAAUAUGCAGAUGCAUUAGAGAAGGAAAGAGUAAAAUAUCACGAAGAGUGUAUGGAAUCAAUAAAGAAACUAGAAGAGAAAUGGAUGAAGAACCAGCAAAAGCAUGCUAUUGAUGGAAACAAGGUUGGACUCAAAGGUGAUGGUUCAGACGUGACAUCUAAGGGGGAGGUAGCUGCUGUGAAGGAAGUUGCCGAGUUAAAAAAAUUGCUUCAGAAAGAAGCACUCUUAAUGAAAGCUGCCCAAGAGGAAGUGGAUAAUCUGAAAAGUCAGUUAGCUCAAUCCAAGAAGUUGGAGGCAACAGCAAAUUCUGAGAUUUUAAAGCUUCGCAAGAUGCUGGAAGAUGAGGCAUGCCAAAAACAAAAGCUAGAAGGGGAAAUAGCAAUGCUACAAAGUCGGUUGUUACAAAUAAGUUUUGAUACUGAUGAGACAAGAAAAAGACUUGAUAAAGGUGGGUCGGAGAAAAUUCUCAGUGGUCUAGAUUCCCAAAUGUCUCAACUUCGACAACCACAGCUGAAUGCUGCAGGAAAUGGGGAAAAGGCUUCAAUUGCUAAACUCUUUGAGCAAGUUGGAUUGCAUAAGAUCCUGUCAUUGCUUGAAGCAGAAGAUGCUGAUGUGCGUAUUCAUGCUGUGAAAGUUGUAGCAAAUCUAGCAGCUGAAGAAACAAAUCAAGAGAAGAUUGUGGAAGCUGGUGGUCUCACGUCUCUGUUGACACUGCUAAAAAGCUCUGGGGAUGAGACCAUACAUAGAGUAGCCGCUGGUGCAAUUGCUAAUCUUGCAAUGAAUGAAAAAAACCAAGAGCUCAUAAUGGCUCAAGGGGGCAUCCGUUUUUUAUCCAUGACAGCAGCCAAUGCUGAGGAUCCUCAAACGCUUCGAAUGGUUGCUGGAGCCAUAGCCAAUCUUUGUGGAAAUGAUAAGUUGCAAACAAAGCUAAGAGGUGAAGGCGGCAUCAAGGCUUUGCUAGGAAUGGUUAAGAGCAGGCAUCCUGAUGUUCUUGCACAAGUUGCUCGUGGAAUUGCAAAUUUUGCAAAAUGUGAGUCAAGAGCAUCAACUCAAGGAUCUAAGAACGGAAGGUCUCUUCUGAUCGAGGAUGGUGCGCUUCCAUGGAUUGUGCAGAAUGCUAACAAUGAAACCUCACAAAUCAGGCGCCACAUAGAGCUUGCACUUUGCCACUUAGCACAACAUGAACUAAAUGCCAGAGACAUGAUUAGUGGAGGUGCACUUUGGGAACUGGUUCGCAUCUCGCGAGACUGUUCAAGGGAAGACAUAAGGACUCUUGCAAAUCGAACCCUAGCAUCUAGUUCUAUUUUUCAAGCUGAAUUGAGGCGACUACGUAUAGAGCAUUGAUGAAGUUUUGGAGAUUUAGAAACGGGCAUAUCGUCUUAAAUCAUUCAUUUAUUUAUUUUUUUGUACUGAAAAGCAUAAAUUAAUUUCAUCUGGAAUUAUUUCUAUCUUCUCCUGAAAAGAGCGAGCAGGAAGACUUUCUGCUGUGUUCCUGUAGAAUUUUGUUAUCAAAAGAGGUCUGCCAGGGGGUUUGAGUACGCUUAAAGCCUUAGAUUUGUUGAUGAAGUAUAUAUUACUAAACCUAGUGAGACCCAUUUUGUAUCUUGGAGUUAGUGUGUAAAUCUCUUUGUAUAUGCGUUGAAUAGGGAACACUAACAUUCUAGCAUUUAUUGUAAUUAAAAAAAAAACCGAUUGAUGUGUUGCAUUUUCUACUUAAUUCAGGGUAUCAGCAGUAUUUGGCUAUUUGCUAC